CCGCUCCUCUGCCUCCGAGACCAGCGGCAGCCGGGAUCGUCGGGCCAGCAGCGGAGGCUCCAUCCGGUGCCGCGUGCGCUGCUCACUAGGGACUGAGAGCACACAGGGUGAGGCCCCGAAACAGCCUCGCCGCCACAGCGGCGCUCGCAGGAGCUUGUUGAGGGGAAACAAGGCCGUCGUCCCCUUCUUGUCCUUCCUACCUGACAGAUGCCUGUGACCGUGGGCCCAUAUGGGCAGUCGCAGCCCAGCUGCUUUGACAGAAUAAAGAUGGGUUUCAUGAUGGGCUUUGCAGUGGGCAUGGCUGCAGGAGCGCUGUUUGGCACAUUUUCCUGCCUCAGGAUUGGCAUGAGAGGACGAGAGCUGAUGGGUGGAGUUGGCAAAACGAUGAUGCAAAGCGGUGGGACAUUUGGGACAUUCAUGGCCAUUGGUAUGGGAAUACGCUGCUAAUCUGGAGUUUGGGAUUUAUCCCAGAGUGCCCCCACCCAGCCAUUCCUCCGCUGUACAAUAAAAAAAUCUUUAGAUAA